ACCAACUUGUAUAUAUAUACACAUUAUUCGAUGGAGAAAGUACCUGAGCUAGCCGUUGAGAUGGGGACGAAGAAGCUGUUUGGGAUGUUGUUCAUGUUGCUGCUCCUCGUUGCUUUGGCUUCUCAUGGGGGGAUGGUGGAGGGCAGAAUAUGCGAAUCGAAGAGCCAUAGAUUUAAGGGAGUGUGCCUGAGUGAUCACAACUGCGGGCUGGUGUGUAGGAACGAAGGUUUCUUGGAUGGGUGGUGCCGAGGGUUCCGCCACCGUUGCUUCUGUACUAGGAACUGUUAGAACUUGGAAGUAUAUGCAUGACAAUGGCUGCUUUCGCCCUUUGUUUCCAUACAAAUAAAUAUUAAUAAAUGUCCCUUAGCACA